AUGCCUGAAUCGGAUCGGGUAAAGACCUGUGAAAACUGCGUCCGGGCGAAGAUCCGGUGCGCUCAUACCCCCGAUUCGCUAAGCUGCGACCGAUGUCGUCGUUUGAACAAAGAAUGUUACUUCCGGCCGUCUCGGCCGCGUGGCAAUCACAAGAAGCGGACAACACGUAUCGAGGCCCUCGAAGACAAGAUUGAUCAAAUAAUGGAACAGAUUAAUCCGCGUCCAGAUCAAUUAUAUCCAACACCAAAAAGCAAUGAAGGUAGUGAUUACAGUCACCGGGCCUGCGAUGUAGUUGGCAAAGGCCUGGUCAGCAAUGAGCUCGCAAAUAUUUUAUUAGAUAACUACCGGGAAGCAAUGCAAUACUUCCCCUUCGUGAUGCUACCCGGCAGAACGACAGUCAAAGAACUCAGAGCUGAAAAACCGUUCAUACUCCUGUGCAUCUUCGUGACCACGUCCUUCCGAGACCCCUCUCUGCAACGAGCCCUGGAAGAUGUCCUCAAGUCUUAUAUUUCGGAUGUAAUUCUUCAUUCCCCACAUGAUAACCACCCUAAUGCAUUGGAAACUUUUCAAGGAUUGUUAAUUGUCUUGUCUGGAACUCGCCAAUUAUCCCAAUUAUGUCGGUUCAGCGGCUACAUACACAUCGCACUGAGCAUUAUGAACGAUGCCAGGAUGGAUCGUCCACCCAAGCACCGAGUCGCGACCCGCAUUGAUAUCGAGGGUGAAUCAGAUCAGACUGGAUCGGCAUCGAUAGCCGAUGAAAGCCGAGCUUUGAUUGGGUGUUUUUUGCUCGUUUCGACGAAUGCGAUCAUCAUGCAGAAAACUUGCACUUUGCCCUGGUCACCAUUCAUAGAGUCAUGUGCUGUGACACUAUCGGCGAAAUGCGAGUAUCCCACCGAUCGAUACAUGAUCUAUUAUGUCCAGCUACAACAUAUGCUGGAACGUAUGAAUCUGUUGACUACGAAAAGUAUCGAAGGUCAUCCAGAUGUAGAGAUGCAACUGCGUUCAUUCCGAGCCGAGGUGGAAGAGUACAAGAAUCAGCUACCUAUUCCACCAACCUGUGAUGUCCUUAUCGCCAUACAGUAUCAAACACUAGAGCUUCAACUCUGCCAAAUCAGCCUCCUAGAUAACAAACAUGCCUCGACACCAUCCGACGGCUUCCUACUCGUCUCCCGAAUUGACACUUUAUGCCAUGGUCUCGCAGCUGCAAAACGAUUCGUCGACUUCUACUUCACCUUACCCCCCACAAUCGAGAAGAGUUACAGUUACCUCAACUGGCUGCAAACCGGGUUUAUCGUGGCGGCGGCCUGUAAGCUGGUCAUCGUGUCUCUAGAUCCAUCGCUAAGGUACAAUGUUCAAGUUGAGGAACUGCGUGAGGCACUGGAUUUGCCGAAGGUGCUGCAAUUUUAUGUGCAAAGGCUUCACGAUGUGGCGAAGACGUGUAAAGAUGGGGAGUUUGCGCAUUAUCAGAAGUGGCUUCUUGCUGCCUCGGUCUGGUUUGAGAAGACUUAUCGGGCUGCUAGUCUGGAGGUUUCGAGUAAUGCUGGAGCGGAACUCUCGGUGGAGGGGUUGGAGUUUGCGGAUCCUGGUCUGGGGCAGUAUGCUUUGCCGGAUCCUUCUAUAUUUGGACUGGACUUGGAUGUCACGAUUGAGGAGUUGAUGAGUGGCUGGAUGGGACCGUUAAGUAUGGAUUUUCGAUAA